AAAUUACAGAACAGGAAACUGGUAAUACAAUGUCCAUAAAAGCAAACGGGCAAGGUUAAAGCGCACAUCUAUCAUAAAUAAUAAUCUGCCUAUUAGAAAUGAAUGUGUAACCGUAUCUCCCCAUUAAGGUUCGCACCGCCCCGUUAUCUGAAUGUCAGCGCUGAUUGGGCCACAGACAGUGAUCUCGUGAAAAACCUGAAGGCGACCCAAAGGAUAAAACAUGCGCCACGCUCAUCACUGUGACAGUGUAUCUAGUCUCCAUCCUCCCUACAGUGAUUUUAUCUGAUUGCACCCGAGAUCAGGAUUUGGGUGAAUCAGACGAGAAGAUGCCACGGGGAUUUUUAGUGAAAAGGACUAAACGCGUCUCAGCAGCAUCAUACAAGGUGCGCGUUGAAGAAAAAGAGCGCAAGGCGGACUUGCCUAUCCAAACUUCAGAUGGAUCCACGCGUGUCCCAGCUAAAUACUCAGACGUGGCGGAACCUAUCAGAGAAACAUGGACAAGCGAUAUAACAUCUAAAAAUGAGCAGGCACAUCUGGAGGACUCUAGAGUUGCUAGAGAGAGCAGUGCGGACAGCGAAGAUUACGCACAAAGUUACUUCAGUCAUCCGGAACAGAACGCAUCAUCGCCCCGUCACAGCACGAACUCCCACAGUCCGAUCAAGCCCGUCAGCACAGAGCUGAAGCAGUCGUUUUUGGACAGGUGUUUCAGUUCACCUGCCACGGCUGAGUCGUUUCCACUGGCCACCCCGGUGUCUUCAAUCGAGCGUCUCCUUAUGAACCACGCCGACAUAAAGUUUGGCACACCUGUGUCUACUUCGGUGCCCGCCUACCCCUCGUUUCACCAGUGCGUAAAGCGCGCGUUCAUGGAGUCGGAGCGAAAGAGCAAACCGCCCAGCAAAAAGCCCAAAGUUAUCAGGAAACUUAACUUUGAAGACGAAGUCACAACGUCACCGGUCCUCGGGCUCAAAAUCAAAAAGGAAAUUCCCGAAACCAAACUGGCGCCGUCAUCCAGUGGAAGAAACAAGCCGUUGGGUGAGUUUAUAUGCCAGCUUUGUAAGGAAGAAUACACUGAUCCGUUUUCGUUGGCACAGCACAAGUGUUCCAGGAUCGUGCGCGUCGAGUACCGCUGUCCGGAGUGCGAUAAAGUUUUCAGCUGUCCUGCCAACCUCGCCUCGCACCGAAGGUGGCACAAACCCCGCAGCUUAAGCGGUGGAGAUGCCCAGACAACCAAGAAGUCUCAACUGGAGGUGCGUAACCACGAGAAGACAUCUGUGGAAGGAAAAGAGAACGCCAGUAAGAUCAGCGUCAACAAUCAGCACCGGCUUGGCACGGACAGCUCCCAACUCCAGCGAUCAGCACCGGACAGCAAUAUGGCGCACAGGUUAUCCCAAGACCCACCUAUGGACCAAAGGUACCCCUCUACUGAGAAGUGCUUUGACCUGCACAUCAGCUCCAGCGACAGCUCCAGGUUAUUCGAGCACUGCCCAGAAGAGUCCGACAGGUCCAUCACUCCCUACCAACCUUCACCCGGGGUGGAAGACGUGUACGAAUGUCACUACUGCAGCAAGAAGUUUCGAAGACAAGCCUAUCUGAGAAAACACCUGGUUGCACACGAGACAAUCAAAUCUUCUUAUAAUCACAUAGAGAGCGGACAGAUCACUUUUCCGUGCCACCUUUGCGGUGCGCAUUUCCCUUCGGCUGAGAUCAGGGAGAAACACAGACUCUGGCAUGCGGUCAGAGACGAUUUAUUAUUGAGACCAGAUCUGAGCCCUGGAGAGCAACAGAUAUACUCAUGCAAGCACUGUCCCUCCACGUUCUUUAGUUCUCCAGGUUUGACCAGACACAUCAAUAAGAGUCACCCCACAGAGAACAGACAGGUGAUGCUGCUGCAGAUGGCUGUCAGGCCGGGAUGCUGACCGCAGGCUAGAAACCUGUAAUGCGUUAUAAUGGCUUGUUUUCAAAAGUAUAGCCUUGGCUACGUCUAGUAUCUUUACGUGGGGAUAUUGAACUUCUUUGACAACAUAGAAACCAAUUUAUAUAUUAUUCUACAACAUAAAGUUUCCUUCAUUUACAAACGUUAUAUAAUGCUAAACUUGUUCAUGUAGGCGAUUUUCAAAUAUGAAAUUGUUACUUCUUCAUAUUUGAUUGACCUCUUUGGAUAUUAUUUAAACUGUGUAGUCUUUUUGUUAAGAAGUUAUUUUAAAAUGUUACCCGUUAUAUUACCACUUAUUUUAACUCAUGAGACUACUUGCAUUAAGUCAUGAUUUGAAGUUAUUUUAUUGACGUUUGACAUUAUUAUAGGGGAAGGGAAUUUAUGCAUAUUUUGUCUCAUCGUUGAAGUAGCUCUGAUGAAAAGCUUGUUGUGUUUCAAUUGUCUUAAGCAAUGUAUUUAUUUAUAGAUCAUGAAUUAAAAUACAGUACGUUUCAUUGCAUUUUAAUUUACCACAGUUCGCCUACUGUAAAAUAUAUAUCAUACAGUACAUCAUACACCGUGAGGAAUAAUUAUUAGAGGCCUACAUAAUAAUAAACCAUAAGUGUCAUAUUUUCCUAAGUGGUCCUGAUAUUUUAGCUGUUACCCUAAAAAUAAAGAGGUCAAUGCAAAACUUUGUCUUUGAAAUCUGUUUCAAACAAAGUGUC